AAUUUAGCAACAUUUAUCAUGGACUACAGUGAAAUACUUGAUUUCAGUGACAAGGGGGAGACCAAACUGGAGAUUUUAAAGUUUAACUAUAAUUGGUAUGAAGAGGUAGAAAGGCAAGAGAGAUUGGAGGCAAUGGAGAUACAGGAAAAAGAAAGAAAGAAGACUGUGAAAACUUUAAUGCGAAAAGUUCACCAAGAAAUGAUUGACGUGAUAUCCAAAAAGUCAAAAGAGAUGGACAAAAUAAGAUCCGAUGUGACCAGAAAGAGGGAGGAAAUGGCAAUAGUACACAGAGAACUAAAGGACACCAUAACCAGAAAAUCCAGUGAGAUGCGAAAAUUACAGGAUGAUAUAAUGCGGAAAAGGGAGAUAAUGGGAGAUAUCCACAGAGAGCUAAUGAACGUUAUGAAACGAAAGUCAAGCGAGAUGAGCAAACUUCAUGCUGCCAUGGUGCAGAAAAGUGAAAUGAUGAAGGAAAUCCAUAAAGAACUGAUGGUAUGUGGUACUCACUAA